GGAGGAUAUUGGAUUUUUCUAAACUGUACACAAUAUAAUACAAGUAAUUUGUUUUAAUACUUUAUAUUGAAAUUUAUUAAAAAAAAAAUUAAGAACAUAUCAACUGCGUUUUGUCAAUUAAACUAUUCUCAAUUUUUUGUGAAUAAUUGAUGGAAUACCAAAAGAUCUUAUAUGACGAAUGAAGAGAGAAAUAAUGUGGAAGAAGCGAAAAAGAAUUUUGUAUUUUAUUCUUCCUUCUUUUGUCGCUGUCUGAUAUUAUUGUUAUCUACCGCAGGAGUAGUGCUUGUUGGACAGUACCAGUUGGCAGGUUCAAUACUAUUUGAUCAUCAGAACUUUGUCAAUAAGUACCGUCGAGAACUAAACAACGAUUUUAAACUAAAACCUAAACUGAUAUUUCCAAAAAGCUAUCACACAACUGGAGUAUUAAAAUUACCCUACGGCGGCAUUGAAGAGCCGUUUGAAGCUUGGUAUUCAGGAAAUAAUAAAAUGAGCAGAAUAGAUUAUUACGGAGGAAUGGAUCGGACUUACCAACGUGAAGAUAUAGGAGAGUUUGGAUUUGCUGCAAAAGUUGUUCCUGAAUAUUCAGAGAAAAAAAAUAAAACGUUUAAAGGCUGUUUGCAUCAUAUUGGAACAAAAAAAUUUCCAAUUAGAGCUCAAAGUAUGGUGCCAUCACCAAAGUUGUUUAAGUUUAAAGGCAAUUUCAAACUACAUGACAACACAACAUGCUGGAAAUGGGAACACACAUUUACCAUUUUAACGAAAGUGAAUUCUUACACCUUAUACACAACCAGAAGUGCUACACCAAAACCGUUGCUCUAUGAGAUGAUGGGGUACGAUACACUGCUUACCUCUUACUAUGAUAAGUACAUACUUGUCUAUAAUUCUUUUAAUGAAUGGAAAUUCGACUUUGAAAUCUUUGAGAUUCCAACAGAGCUUCAUUGUUUUGAAAUUGAAAGUACGGACGCAAAAGAAACUAGUGUUACAUCUUUUAAUCCUAUGUAUGAAUUCAUCUCAAGUCACCAAAAUGAACCUCAAGAUUCAACAAAUCAACCAUCAAUCAUCAAUCAUCAACCAUCAAUCAAUAUGUCAAAGACUGAUCACCAUCAAACAAAUAAAACGCACUUUGAGUUUGUCGUCGAAAUUUUGUUUAGUCAGUUUAAGAAUAGUUUUAGCAAAGACUAUUCAAACCAUACAGAACACGUAAAAAGAAAGGACAUUUUUAGACAUAAUGUGAGAUUUAUAAACACUAUCAAUCGUCAGCACUUACCUUACAAACUCCACGUUAACCAUUUUGCCGAUGUCACAGAUAAUGAAAUGCAACGUUACAAAGGACUGUUAAAUGAAUCGUAUAAUGACAUAAAUGCAAAAAAGUUUGAACCUCCAAACAUUGAUUUUUCGGUAACCCCUAUUCCAAGAAAACUUGAUUGGAGAGAAUACGGUGCGGUAACAGAUGUUAGAAGUCAAGGAAUAUGUGGGUCUUGUUAUGCAUAUGCAGUGACAGGGGCGAUUGAAGGAGCACUGUACUUAAAAACAGGAGAUUUGGUUGAUUUGUCAGAGCAGCAAAUUAUUGACUGUUCAUGGGGUUUUGGUAACAAAGGUUGUAAAGGAGGUUAUCCUUAUCGAGCCAUUCAAUGGAUCAUGAAACAUGGUGGAAUUUCUACGCAAGAAAGUUAUGGAAAAUAUCUUGCUCAGGAAGGUUAUUGCCACUUUAAAAAUACAACGAUAGGAGCAGUAAUAUCAAACUACUAUAAUAUCACUAGUGGAAAUGUUACUGAAGUUAAAAUGGCGCUGGCUUUAUAUGGACCAGUUACCGUUUUGAUAAAUACGCAACCCAGAUCUUUUAAGUUUUAUAAUAAAGGAGUUUACUUUGAUGAAGAUUGCGACAGUAGACUAGAUCAUGCGGCUUUGCUAAUUGGUUAUGGAGAAGAAAACGGCGAAGAUUAUUGGUUAAUAAAAAACUCUUGGUCUCCAAGUUGGGGAAAUAAUGGAUUCAUUAAAAUUGCAACACGAAACGACAACUGCGGUGUGACUCAAAAAGCUGUUGUGUUGCAAAUGGGAAAGCUUGAUCAAUAAUAAGACUUUAAUCUAGAACUUUUCUUUGGGUGAUACAGUUAUGUGACGGUGUAUAUAUGAUAUACGUAAUGUGACAGUGAUAUGGAUGAUAUAUAUGGAUAAAAUAUAGUUGUAUUAUUUUAUAUUAAAUAUGAAAUGUUGAUAAAAGUUAUUGUUAAUAUCAAAAUGCUUCCUUGCAUUUAUUUUUUACUUAAAAUGUAAAAUAUUUUUUUAUUGCAAUAUGAAAUAUAUAAAAAUACUUUUAAA